GAGUAUAUUCUUAAUAAAAUAGAAUUGUUUGAUAAACAUUUUCUAUUCCCUUACAGUUUAACAUUUUUAUAUCUAUUUUGUGUGCUGGACACUAGCUGUAAAUAAUUGUCAUUUACAGCAAUAAGACUUUGUUUGUUGUUAUCAAGAUCCUUCUUCUAAAUGUUUAGCUGAAGUUUCCUUUCAGAAAUCCUACCUGAAUGCUUUUGGAAGUGGAAGAAGUUGUUGACUAAGUUUUUUGGGGGGGAGAAAACUAUUGUCCUGCUGUGGUCUGUAUCAAUUUCCUUUUUUAUAAGGGGUUGCAGAUAUUAGAAGGGGUCUUCACCAGGUCUUCACCAAGUUGUCAUAGAGAUCUGUGUUAGCAGAUCCCAAGACACAACUAGAGCCAGGAAUACUAGGUGACUUGUGGGUAUAUUGCACUUUAAUUUCAGAUAGUGUUCGUUCUGAUCAUUGUUCUUUAGAUAUUAUAAAACAAAAAAGGUCAUACAAGCAACAACAUGCUUUGAGGAACUCAGCUGUUCUUGUUUUUUUAGAUGGAAGUACUUGAUGUUUCAGCAUUAUGUGUUGAUCUAGAGCCAAGACAUGAUUCAUAUUUUACUAUUUUUUUCUCAUUUUAAAUCAUUCUGCUCUUUAAAUCAUUCUGCUCUGUAUACUUAACGUUUAUGUAAUGUAAAACACACAGGAAUAUACUUGUUACCCAUAGCUUGCAAUGCAAAAAUAUUAGAUGUUUAAUUACAUUCUCAAAGUAUGCAUUAAAAAAAGUUUCUUCAUACUUUCAUAGCACAUUAUUUACCUAUAUAUCACAUAUUAAUAGAGCUAGCCGGGAAAAAGUUAACUUUUGAACUGUCUAACAGUACCAUUACCAGCCUUGGAGGUAUUACUAAAUAUGGUAAAUGAAGGGGAGGGCUCCUUGAGAGGGAGGAGAGUCCGAUGAGCAACUCCCUGCCUCACAACAGGAAUCUGAAACUAGUAGAGAAAUGUUAAUUCGCUUCGUUCACGUCUGACCUAAACAGGCCAAUUCUUAUAGCUGCUGAAAAGCAUGACUUCCUGUUCUGUUGUUCAUAAACCUCCAGUCAGAAGGGUUGCUAUCUUUGGAGGAACUCAUGGUAAUGAAUUAUCAGGGAUAUUUUUGGUCAAGCACUGGCAAGAGAAUGGAGCUGAAAUUCAAAGAACAGGAAUGGAAGUGAAACCAUUUCUUACUAACCCAAGAGCUGUGAAGAAGUGUACUAGAUACAUUGACUGUGAUCUGAACCGUGUUUUUGACCCUGAUAAUCUUGGCAGGACAGUGGUGGAAGAUAUUCCAUAUGAAGUGAGAAGGGCUCAGGAAAUCAAUCAUAUAUUUGGUCCAAAAGGUAGUGAUGAUGCCUAUGACCUUAUUUUUGACCUUCACAACACCACUUCUAACAUGGGUGGUACCCUUAUUCUUGAAAACUCCAGUGAUGACUUUACAAUUCAAAUGUUUCAUUAUAUCAAGAAUGCUUUGGCUCCAGAAUGCUGUCCUGUUUUGCUGAUUGAACAUCCUAACUUGAAAUAUGCAACAACCCGAUCUGUAGCAAAACAUCCUGUUGGUGUGGAGGUGGGUCCCCAGCCACAAGGUGUUGUUAGAGCUGAUACUUUGGACAAAAUGAGGAAGAUUGUCAAAUAUGGCCUUGAUUUUGUUCAACUUUUUAAUGAAGGAAAAGAAUUUCCACCAUGUACAAUUGAGGUUUAUAAAAUAAUGGAGAAAGUAGAUUAUCCCAGGAAUAAAAAUGAUGAAGUUAUUGCUAUUAUUCACCCUAAACUGCAGGAUCAAGAUUGGCAGCCACUGAACAACGGUGAUCCUCUAUUUUUAACUCUUGAUGGAGAAGUAAUUGUAUAUAAAGGGGACUGUACAGUCUAUCCAACAUUUAUUAAUGAAGCUGCGUAUUAUGAAAAGAAACAAGCUUUUGUAAAAACAAUCAAAAUGGAACUCACUGCAGAACACAUCAGAUCCUCAGUUUUAGACCGGAACACUUCCUGAAAGCUUUUUACAAGUGAUCCUUAAAAAUAGUGGAUUUCUUCUCGGUGAAAUUCAGUGCCACUCAGUAGUUAUUCAAGGACUAAAUAUAUGCAGAAUCUAAUUUUAAAUUGUAAUUUAAUUAACAUUGUUGAGAACUUUUAAGAUGAAAGAUAAUGUCAUAAUGCUAAUUAUGGCUACUAUUUACUUGUUCUAAUAGAUUACUAUAGAUACAAAUAAUAUUUUUAUGAAGUUUGAUAGUUCAUGCUAUAUAAAAUGAUUAAACAAUGUACAAGAUAUAUUGAUGAGUAGCUAUAAAGCAUCUAUCCAGAAUUACAUAGAAAGUAAAAGUUAACCCCCCAAACUACAUGAUAUAGAAAAAAAUACAGCAAUUUUUUACUUUAUAAGCCCAAACAUCCAGUAACCAACAGUUUUUAAAAUGGGGUGAUCCUUGAAAAGAAUUGCUCAGAUAAACUGUAUAAAAUGUGAGACGAAGGAAAUAAGCUAGAGGGAAAGAGACAUUGAAAGGGGAUGUAAAUUAAAAUUCUUUUGUAUUAUCGGCAUAUGUUAUUAACUCUUACUGCGCUGAAAUGGAGGCCUUGGGUUUGUUUUCAUGAAGACAUAAAAUAAGCUAAAAACACGAUUUCAGAAAAAAUAUACUAAAAUAAAACACUGUUUAAAUUGAAACUACUACAAGAUUAAUUCAAGCUGUUUCUGACUUAUCUUUAAAGACAAAAUGGGGUUGGAUUUAGCAAGUGACCAGUAGUCUGAAACACCUACUGCGUUAGGUGUCUCCACCUCCUGCCUGUAACAUUUCCAAAUAAAGUUUACAUCAAGUGUUGUACCCUGAAAGGUUUCAAAGAACAAGGCAGGAUUUAGGUAAUUAUGCAGGCUGUGUUGAAGAACAAUGCACUAAUCAUACCUGACUAUCUCAGAAUGGAAAUUAAGAAGAAAUCUGUAUGGGGAGACUUCUCAGAAUUUCGAGACUGACUUGUUCUGUAUUUGUAGAAAGAAAGCCUGUCAUACUAGCUGAAAGAGAGAAGAAAAUUAGGAUUUAAUUAACUUUUUACGGAUGUUUUAAAUGUAUUUGACGAUAAUCAGAGACAGAAAAAACUUUAAGAACUUUGCAUAAAUUCUGAAAGCACACAAUAAUUAGCUGUUUACUAAACGAUUCAUUACCAACAUAACCCCUAAAGUAUAUACUUCAAAAAGUGAUGUCCUCCUUAUUCGCUACUAAGCCAAAAACCUUUUUAGCUUCCUUUGUGUAACUUUACGGAAAUAAAAUAAAAAUACAGGACAGAAUGAGAUGUUUAUUGAAGUACAUUUUAUUUCUUUAUGUUGAAAUAAAUAUUGUAUAAAAA